UAUUGAAUUUUUUAUUAGACUAACUACACUGUACAUAUAUUUUAGGUUACGUCAUGAAAUAAAAUUGAAAACAAAAAAAAAAAUUGAUUACAAGCGCUUUUUGUGGGCAAAAGAUAAACGAGUUGGUAGUUUUGACUAUUGAGUAUUCACUUGAAAGUUAAAAAUUAUUAUUGUACUGUUCAUUAUAAUCUUGCAUUAAAUUCCUUUUAUUUUAUAUAGUAAAAAUAAAAUUAUCCUUUAAUCGUUUAAAGUUGCAUACAUAACUAACAAUGAGUGAAGCAGAGCAAAAUGCCAAGAUAAAGGAAUUUAUUGGCUUUACUGAUGUAGAUCAAGAAAGAGCUAAAUUUUAUUUAGAGUCGGCUGCUUGGAAUAUGGAUGUAAGAAUAAAAUAAUUAUUAAUAAUAAUUUUUAAAUAAUUGUUUCAUCAUUUAAUUUUUAGAUUGCGGUAAUGAAUUAUUAUGAUGUAGCUGGUGAGGAAACAGUAAGUGAUAAUGCAGCCACUGCAGGCCCGUCAAUUCCGAGUCCAGCAGCUGCAUCAAAUAGGGAUGUAUCAAUAGCAAGUGCAUCAAGCUAUAAUCCAGCGGCAAAACCAAAAAAAUGGCAGUCAAAAUCUAGUAAUCGACCUAGGUACGUUUUUUAGUAAAUAAAUGUUGAAAUCAAUUAAGAAAAUACUAUUUUAAUAUUUAAUUUAUUUUUAGAAUUAUGACAUUCGGUUCUUUGAGGAAUGCUGAAGCUGAAGACAAAGAUAGUGAUGAUGAAGAAGGUCAGAGGUUCUAUGCUGGUGGAUCAAUUACAAGUGGCCAACAAGUCAUUGGGCCCCCACGCAACAAUGCAGAUGUUAUUACAGACAUGUUUCAAACUGCUCAGAAGUAGAUAAUACUUUAUAAAUUUAAAUUACCUUUACAUUAUACAUUUUAUAGAAAUAACAAAUAAAUUUAUCUAGGUAUGCUAUUAAUUCAGCACCAAGCACUAGUGGUAGUUCUGGUCAAGAAAGUGGAGCUUCACAUUUCUUUGGUACAGGAUAUACAUUAGGACAGACUGCAGAUGACACCGAAGGUAAGUAAAAUAAACUAAUUUAACUCCCAUUUACAAUUUUAGAUUAAGUUUAAUAUUUCGAUUUUAGUGAUCCCUUCACGCAAUGUUACUACAAAGCGUUCAUCUAAUCAAGAAGUUGUGUUAAAAGUGUGGAAAGAAGGAUUCACUAUUAAUGAUGGUGAAUUGCAUAGUAUUGAUCAGCCAGAAAAUAGAGAAUUUUUACUUACAGUUGCUAGAGGGUUAGUAAUCUAUAAAUACUGUAGUAAUGUUUCACAAUAUUUUAAUUUAAUACAUUCAUUUUUUUUUAAAUUUUUUUUAUUUAAUCGUCCUAAUAAUAAAAUUAGACUGAAUACCAUUGUGGUUAAUUAUAAUGUAUUUAUUUUUUAGAGAAGAUAUUCCUCCAUUACUUUUGAAAGAAGUAAAUGUUUCUAGUGAUGAUGAACUCAAUGUUAGUGUUGAAGAUCAUAGAUAUGAAGAAUAUGUACCAUCUAAACCAAAGAAGAAGAUUUUUGGAGGUUCUGGUAAUUUAUUGGGAAGGUAUGUUCAGUUUAAUUUUAGAUUUGGAGCGUAGCGAAAAAAAAAAUUGUUCAUUUAUGAUUGUUAAUACUUUAUAGUUUUUUACUUUAUGUAUUCAAAGCAUACAUAUAUGACAUUAUUGUUAUGUUAUGGUUAGACCCAAAGAUAAGAAAAACUAGGAAAUUGGCAUUACGUGUAGGUACGUAAAUAACCAUGUCCUCGAUCGUAUUUACCGUAUUGUGACUUGUUAGCAUUCUGUGUAUCAUUUUAAUUUCAUUAAUUUUUUUAAAUGUGUCGUCAUUUUUAUGGGUCUAAAUUAGGUGUUGUCACACAAUAAAGGUUGAAAACCACUGCAUUAGAGAGCUCAAUUUUUGAUUUUCCAAGGGGUUUUCAAAAUAAUUGAGAAAAACCGGAAAUAAAAUUUGGGUAAAACAGCAAAUAUUUACAGUACACUCUGGCGUUACCGAUUGCAUUGUUUUUAAUUUGUACACUUAAUGUUUUCUAUGAAAAGUAUUGUUACAAUAGAAAAACAAGAUACCUUUUUUAUUGAAAUAAUUGAGUGAAAAUGAAAAAAAAAAACAGAAGAGAAAAAUGUAUGGAUUUAUUAUUUGGUUAAAAAUUUUGAUAAAAACUUAUAUUUGGUUUUCUAUACGUGGUCAAAUUUUCAAAACAAGUCAUUUUUGAACUAUUUACAUAUGGAUGUUUUAAUUUUGCAAGUUUUUUUAUAUAAUUUUUAUUUGACAAGUAAGUACUCUUUGUAUAAAAUUGCUGGACAAAAUAAAAAUGUUCGGAAAUUUAACAGGAGGUUCAUUUUCAGAAAGUCAUACUUUUUUAUGUUAGGUUUAUAUGUAGAUAUUAGAACCCAUUUUCAAGUAAAAAUUAUUUACACUUUGUUAUUUUAUUUUUAUAAGUAAAAUAACUGUGUCUCAUAUUAAUUUUUCUGAGAAGCAUUGCUUUUGUACAUUAAUUAAAAUAUUAAUUUUACAUAUAUAGUCCUGCACCAGAAGUUGUUGGUGAUGAGAGUUCAAAAGAAGCUUCUUCGGAUGAUGGUGUUGUCAAUGAAGCUGCUGCUCGUGCUGAAGUUCCUCUAAUACCUGAUGCUCCUACCACUUCAUUGCAGAUCAGAUUAGUAGAUGGAACUAGACUCAUAGCUACAUUUAAUCAAAGUCAUACUAUUGGAGAUAUUCGUCGCUACAUUAUUGCGUAUCCUUUUAAUACAAUUAGUAUUUUUUCAAACAUUGUAGAAAACUUUCUAAAGCCUUCUAGCAUUUUCCUCUAAAUGGAAUCAUACUCAGGAAUUUAAGUUGUUUUAAUAGUGAAUGAAGUGAUUGAAGUUGAGUUAAAUUGUAUGAUGUUGCGCCAGGUGUGUUUUUUUGCCUAAUAUCCCCUAUAGGCCCCUCCCAAAUGAAGCCAGGGGUUUAAAUUGUGUAGCCUAUUAUUUUUGUUUAUAAAUUUCAUUUUUUUAAUAGUGUUAAGAAUUUGUUUACAACUAAUAUUUCUACAAUGCAAAAUAGGUAAAGUAAUAUUUGAUUCUACUGGUAUUUUUUACUUGUAUUUCAAAAUUAUGUUAUUAAUGGCUGUUUUUACAAUAUCCCUAUAUUUUAAGUGACUGUCAUUUAUGCUGGUGUACUGUUUAGCGUAGCAGAGACUUAGGUUUAAUACAAAUUAUUAUUGCAGUGUUACACUUGCAGAUAACUAAUACAAAAUAGUACAAAUAUUUUCAUUGGCUAACAAUGAAAUCUGCCCAUUUUUAUUAUAGCCAAUAAAACAAAUUAAAUCUACACAGAACUCCAAGUGAUUAAUUUCAUAAGGUAUAUGUUGCUUAGUAAAUAAGUUAGUACGAAUAAAAUAAUCACAAAUAUUUAGAGGGCAAAUUUAGCAUGUCAAAACAUUAUAGUAAUGAAAAUGUAAAAUUUAGCCUCUAAUUGCAUAUCCUAAUUAGUGUAUGGUUUUUAAUUAUAACAACAUUUUUAUUUUUUUUCAAAAUUAGUUUUAAUUUACUUAACAGGAUUUCCUUAACUUAAUUAAAUAUCAGUGCUAGAGCUUACUUUACUUCUAGACCAUUCAAACUGCAGUCAUCAUAUCCACCAAAAACAUUAGACAACAAUGAUCAAACAUUGUUAGAAGCUGGAUUGUUAAACACUGUGAUUUUCCAACGUAUUGGUUGAAGUAUAUUAGUUUAAUUUGGUUUUUUUUUUUUAAAUUAUUAUUAAUUUACAGUAAUGUGUUUUCAUAAUUUUGUUUAUGUCUUUGAAGGUUUUAAAAAACACAUUAUUUCAGUUAUUAAAAAUAGUAAUAUUUAUUUGAUUUUAUAUAAAAAAAAUUUUUUUUUAAUAUUUACAUACAUAAUAUAAUUAAUUUUUAUUGUAAUUUUCAAAAUAAAUUCAUCAAUCAUUUUUAGUUUUUAAAGAUUAAUUGCCAUAUUAUUUGUUACAUGAUUAAUAGAAUGUUUCAAUUGUAACUUCCAUAAGAUCAACAGUUUACUAUUUACAAAGUUAAUUAAAUACCUAGCCAUAUUUUUGUCAUCUUUACCACUAAUUUUCUCACAUAUUUCUUCCAACUUAUGUAUUGAUCCAAAAGUGGUAGGUGUUGGAUUAUCAAUUACUGGUUCAUCGGUGAUCAAAUUUAUGGUCUCAUUAGUUUUUUCACAAAUUGUUUUUUUCAUAGCCAUAGGCCAAUUUUUUUUUAGUAGACGAUUAUUACAACAUUUCUUCAUUUCAAAUGUAUAAACAUUAUCAUUUAAAGAAUUAAGUUGAUAAUUUUUAUUUAACACCAAGUACUGAUCCCAUGAUAAUAAAAUACUAUGUUUAGCAUGACCUCUUGUUCUUUGUAUGCAAUCUUUUUGUAAAAUUGACUUUUCCAUUUGUAAAUCUAAUGUUGGGAAUUGCCAAGAUAGCGUAGAAAAUGUUUUAUACAUUUCUUUAUGACCAGCAAUUGAACGUAAAAAUUGUAGAACUUGGUAAUGUAUACCAAUGUCAUAUGCUACAAAAUGACGAACACCCAACAAUGUAUGAUAAGCAAUAAAUUCUAUAAGAUGAGUAUCAUGAACACCAGAAUAAUCUGGUGCAAUACAAACAAUUAAAUCGUCUUUGUGGUGAGAUUCUUUUUGAACUUCAAUUGGUAUAAAUAGUUUUAAUGAAUUUUCUUUUCCUAUCAAAAUUCCAUAUGGUUCUGUGUCAAAUGGAAUAUUGUCUGGUUUACAACGGAUAUUGAACUGAUGGAAAUUAGAAUCGUGAUCAUUAAGUAUAAUGUUGUAAGAAAAUUUUCCUGGUCUGGAUGUAUAAAAAUCAGCUAUUUUAAACCAAACACGACAUUCAUAACCAGAAAAAGCUGACCUUGGCCCCAAAAGUAGCAAAUAAAUAGAUUGUUGAUGAGUAGACCAGAAUGCAGAGUAUGCAUAGUGUUGAUCAUGUUUAAUCCAAGAAACUGGUGUUUUUGCAAGAUAAUUAUCAUUUUCUAAAUCUGUAUAAAAUUUAUCUUCUAGUAAAAUACAAUUUGUUAAAUUAUCAGCUGUAUAUCCAAAAAAGUUAAGUACUUCUAAGACAUUUAAAAGUUUCAUAUAUUCAUACCUGUACAGCAACAGUGAAAAGACACUAACAAAAGAUACAAAAAUCAACAGCAACUGUUGGUAUUUUCUCAUUUUUAAGUUAUAUAUUAAUUAUCAUUGAAUAAUAGUAAAAGAGUUAUAAUAAUCUCCAAGUACCUAAUAUAAAAAUGUGUUAUUAAAUUUUAUAUAAGUAAUAAUAAUAUAAAUUAUAACAUCAUUAAAAAAAAUUAAUUUGACAGAGAAGUGUAGUAGUAAAAAUAUAGUGGGAAAUAAUUACUUCUGUUGUCAGU